AUGCCGCUAAUGUACCAUGCACUCCUUUUGGCUAUCGGACUGUUUCGGAUAGCGGAGGGGCUGGCGGACAACGAAAUCCCGGAACACUACCAGAUUGUCGACCGGAUUCUGAAGGGCUACAACCGGGAUAUGAUCCCGAAAUUCAUGAAUCGCAGCGUCGAUGUGAAAUUCUCGAUGGAACUGUAUCAGAUUAUUGAAGUGAACGAGCCACAACAGUAUUUGAUGUUGAAUUCAUGGAUUGUUGAGCGCUGGGUCGACGUGAUGCUUGGCUGGAAUCCAGAAGACUUCGAGGGCACCUCAGAAAUCGUGCUUCCACAUUCAAAAAUCUGGCUUCCGGAUACAACGCUUUACAACUCGUACGUCACCUCUGGAGCCAUCGGAACGACGAAUUGCAUAGAAAAUGAGGGAUGGAAUGUUUUAAGGACUGAAGUCGAACGAAAGGAAAACAAAUACGACUGCUGCCCCAAUAAUUACACCUUACUUACCUUUGCCAUCCACAUCCAACGGAAACCGCUCUACUACGUUAUUAAUCUAAUUCUACCCACUAGUAUUAUAACAAUCAUUUCGAUUGUAGGAUUCUUCAGCUCGUCCUCCCCGCACGAAGUGCGGCAGGAGAAAAUCACGCUCGGUAUCACCACACUGCUCUCAAUGUCGAUUCUAAUUCUGAUGGUCUCGGAUAAAAUGCCUUCCACGUCUUCGUUCAUUCCGCUAAUCGGGUGGUUCUAUACGGCUAUGAUCAGUCUCAUCUCGGUGGCUACCAUUUUUGCCUCGCUAGUCAUUUGGAUUCAAAAGAAGGGAAUUGUUGGAACAGCUCCGCCGCCAAAAUUAAUGUGGUGGGCACGGUUGGUCGGCCGAAGAGUCUAUUUGGAGUUGCCGCUCCUUAUGAAGCAGGCUUAUGCCAGGAAAGCGGCGGAAGAAAAAGCCCGGAACGCCGGCCGGAAGCCCAGCCUUUGGCAAAAGGUCUACAAGAUGAGCCGGACCAGUAAUAUUUUCACGACCACGCAAACACAGAAGGUGGUGAACGCUUUCGGGAACCAAAACGGCGCAGCGGCCAGGCCGAUGAAGCCGAAAAGUUUUCCGAAUUUGGCGAACGUCUCGGCAAUGAAGGGCGCAAGUGAGCCACCUGUACAAAAGAAGAGCUUGGCGUUUUCAAUCGACGAUCGAGACUUUGACCCCGAGGAUAGACCAAGUCCACCCAAAGAUAACACCCCGAUGAUCGAUGAUGAAGAAGCGCCUGAAGACAUUAUACGGAAGUACAAGCCGGCCAAGCAGCUGCGGAGCUCUGCCAGCAUCGCUUCCUAUGAUAAUUUGUUCCGGAAUUUUGAGCCCGGACCUGGUAUGGGAUCAGCAGCCCCCACCAAUACCGAACGUCGUAACCUCGCCCAACUCGAGUACGACUGGCUGGCCGCCGUCUUUGAGCGCAUUUGCCUGCUCGUUUUCAUUGUCCUGUUCCUUUUCAUGUCGGUCGGCAUUAACAUGCUUGGCUGGUAUUACUGGAAAAACGCCGAAUACAAACUCCUUCGAAUCUCCGCC